UCCAACACAAACCCAAUGGCUCUGAAGAUGACAAGCAAGUUGCCGCAAGCAGCGACCUUGAAGCAAAUACUGAAACGAUGCUCAAGUCUGGGAAAAAAACAGGGGAUGGGAGAAGAGGAAGGUUUGCCUCUGGACGUCCCAAAGGGUCAUUUUGCUGUGUAUGUGGGGGAGAAUAGGAGCAGAUUUAUUGUUCCGAUCUCUCUUUUAUCCCACCCAGAGUUCCAGUCUCUUCUGCGAGCUGCUGAGGAAGAGUUUGGGUUCAACCAUGGCAUGGGCCUCACCAUCCCCUGUGAGGAGACUGUCUUCCGCUCCCUCACUUCCAUGCUCUGCUGAGCUCAUGGAUGUUUACCUUUUCUUUGGUUAUCGCCAAUUUCCUUGAUUCAUUUGUAUCAUUAAGGAAACACCAAAGAGAUCACUCGUGGGCUGGAUUUGUAAAUUUGACAUUUCCAAAAAGUUGUGGGAGGUCUUUGCGCAAUAUGAGAUAUGGUUAACAUUUAAUAACUUCAUGAAAAAUUGGUGUCUUUCCCCUGUUUUAAUCCCUACAUUUCCUUCUCUGUUCUGGAAUUAGUUGAGAUGAAUAGUUUAAGGAGAAGAUUGUAA